UUGUGUGUGUCUGCGGCUUGACUGGAAGGAGCUAACAGGCCAGCCUGUUGCGCACUUGGCGACACACACAGCCAGAGCGCACAACAGCCGCGUGGAUGGACGAAGCCACUAAAGGACUUCCCUUACUCACCUUUAUAAGCAAUGUUAUGAUUGGAUACCUAUUGGAUCGGCGUUUCUUCUAAUUUAACGAGUGCUCAUUACAACGUGCCACCUCUGACCGGAUAUAGCCUUUACGCAUCCCGGGAGCCGGGGCAAAAGGGAUUCUCCAGAUUUUCACAACAGGGAGCAACAGAAGUCCAAGAGCCAUAAAAACCAGCAUCUGUCUCUGCUGGCAUUUUCCAGAGAAGGCUCAACAAUGCCAUAAAAACCUGAAGCCCAACAACCCAUGUGUAUCCCACUGAACAAACACACUGAAGAGUUUCAGACACCAGUGUUGUGUGUGUGUGUGCUGAGAUUAAAGCACUGUGGAGCUGAGGACUUAAGCUCAAGAGUAUGGUCCAACUGUCCACCUCAGUCUACUUGCUGGGAGGCCUUUUGGGCCUGUUGCUAUCACCUGUUCGGGUGGCCCCGACAUCAGCCAGCAUGUGCACACCGUUGAAGACGCUCAACGACAGCCUCAGCCACAGGCGACGGUACAUGAAGCACAACUUCCCCAUCGACUACACCAUCAGGGUUCAUCAGAAGGAAGUCUUUAAACUGUCAAACAUCAACAGAAUGAGGUUACAGGUGGAGGGGUUGGAUGAGCUGAUUCUCCAAAGGUUGUGGUUCCAGGUCAACCAAGGCGUGUUAAAAAAGAUCAUCCGGGUUAUGCCAGAGAGACAUCCUUCACGUCCAUACGCCACUGAGUUGGAAAGACGCUUUAGGGAUGUGGAGGGGGUCUUUGUACAGUCACAUCCCGCUGAGCUGCUCCAGCAGGAGCUUCCAGAGACUAUCCAGGAAACCUGGGAUCAUUUAACAGAAGAGUCUGACAGAGUACCAGAGUCCAGCUGGCGAUUAGCUUCCCCGAAAUCCCUCCUGGACAACUUCUGCCACACCAUGCAUUGCCUCUUCAGCGAGUGCUUUGCCAGCACAGAAGCCCAGCAGGACUACUGUGCUGUUUCCCAUUGGAGGAAAGGCAGGAAAAAACACUCCCAUCCCGACAGCUGAGAAGAGGAAUGCGGGUGUAGUUGUCCCUCUUGAUACUGAUAAGGGAUUGGUAUCGUUAUCUCCCUUGAGCGAGAGGGAUAAAAGAACAAUCCACACGGUAACCAGAAAGUUCAGUCCUGUAUGUGAACAUCAACAAGUGUUUCCCAAAUCUACCAAACAGACCUAAGAUUGUCAUGAUGAUAUGAUGAAGACACAAACAAUGGCUCCAUCAGCCAAAGCAGACUGAUAUUGUAGAUACAGCAGCAGUGUGCAUGGCGAUUUCACAAGCAUGUGGACUUUCCACUAAAAUGAAAUAAAAGCUCAUUUGAGAUACAAGCUCCAACUCAUAUUUUUCCAAUUCUCUGUCAUUCAGGAAGCCUAAAGGAUGUGUCCUUUGACGGCAGCUCAGAUUGAUGCUUUGGUACUUGGGUUUCAAGUUUUUAAGUUUUUAAGAGAUAUGUUCAUUUUCACAUAUACGGACUAAAUCGAUCAUCAAAUCAAUGUCACUGUGGCUUUGCCAAAUGUGUUUCCCAAAAAGCCUGUGAUGUGUUCCAGUGGACCUGCCUGGUUCACCUCAGAGACCAAAAAGCAGCAGUAAGAGAGACUACACAUUGGAUUGUUACUAUAUUGAGAAACUUCAAAUGACUUUGUACCAUAGCAAAACGUCUCUUCUAUGAGCGCCUAUUUCAAACAUCAAUGAGCUUCAGCGAGAGCAAUCUACAUGAGCUGAACUUCACACCUACACGUAAACUGAUAACUUCUGUUUUCUCUUUCCUACUAUGCAUUUCUCACCUUAUUUUUAAGAUAUGUGCUAUAAAGGCACGCAUUGCCUAUUCAAAAUCUGUCAAAACAAGUUUAUUCAUUUUUGCCCCAUUUGUAUAUAUGCAUAUGUAUUUUUCAUGUACAAAGAGUGAGAGUUGAACCCAGACAAACAAUGACAUACAAUCAUCUCUCUCCUUCCAAGUCAAGUAUUUUUAUACUUACUGUAGUUAUGUAGUUAUGGAGUUGUUGUUUUUCCCCCCGGGCAACUAUUGAAUAAUUCUAUGACACAGGUAACAUGUGUUUAUACUUUAUAAUCAGGCCCCAAAUUGACAGAUUUAACUAGAAUGUAAUAAAUUAGAUAAAAUAAUUACAUGGAACACUGUUUUCUGAAAAUUUGCAGCUUGGUAGGUUAUAUUUCAUCAUAGCAAACAACAUUGGCAUCCCAGGCUGGUUUGGGGAGUUUUUAGUUGCUCCGUUCAGAAUUUCAGCUCUGAACAUGGUACCUGAAACUCAACUCCAUACCUUUCCAUACUACACUAUAAUAGAAUGGAAUAGGUAUGCUUAAUAUUUCUAAUCUUUUACACUUUCAAAUUUUAGUUUUAAGACAACAAAUUCUGACUAAGAUUUCACUUCAAACAAAUCAGUACCUCCCGUCAUUGUUUUCUGUCUGAGAUUGCCUCUCAGGUUGUGUCAGCUUUUGUUUAUUUCAUUCCACUCGUGCAAUUCAACUCAAGGCUAUAUUGUUGCUGUUCUGUUUUGAGUAAUUAAGACAUACAAUAUAUCUGUACAGUAUAUAUAUUGGAAAUCACACUUUAGUUUAAUAGUCACUAUGGUUAUGAAGCGCACAUAUGUUACCAGAGUUGUUUUUUAAAAACCCACUCAAAAUCCUGUGCAACUAGAAAUUUUUUUUUCAAAAAUGAAAGGUUUAAAUUCAAUUUUAAAAUAAAGCUGCAAGCAGCGUUGGACGGGACCUUGCACCUCCUUGUACGUCGGGGUUACUGGUGGACGCCGCUCCUUGCGACUGUGCAUUUGCGCGGCACUCAGACAUCGCAAAUCGUCACCAAUGAAAAGGGAACUCUCUGCUGAGUUCAGUGAUACCUCACACAAGACUCUACGUCAUACAGUUCAUUAGCUGUGUGGGCCGUGGCUAGAGUAUAGGGGCCGGCUCAAUAUCACAUGUAGACCACACAUUGAAGAAAAGUUUUUCUUUUAACAUCUUUUAAUCUUUAACGUCUUAGGAUUGCACAGACCAAAUUUGAAGUCGAUCGGAUGAGGAGGAGUUCGUUAAAGUACAGCACGUGGAAAUGGCCAAAAACACACUAAUUUCGAACUUUUAAUUAAAAUUGGCGGAUUUCCUGGGUUUGGGUUUAGGGUAUUACUCCAAUGAGCUUUUUUGUACGUCUUGACAUGAUACAUUUGUGUACCAGAUUUUUUACCAGAUUGUGAGUUUUUGAAAAGUUUUUAUAUAAACUUUUUCACCAGGCCUUAUGCGUGUGCACAGUUUGGUGAGUUUUUGAGUACAGGAAGGUCCCCAAAAAGGCGAUUCAUUGCGCGGAAAAAUAAUUCCUUCAGUUUCAAUAGGGCCUUUGGCGCUCGGGCCCUAAAAAAGCAAACAAAUAAAAUAUACAAAGUAACUAGAAAUGUAAUUUGCAUUACAAGAAUGACACACUACACAAUUUGAAUAAGAAGACAGUUUAGUUACUCCCAGGACCGCACAAAGUAUCUGUUUGUAAAAGCUUACUGAGUUUUAGUUCAUGUGUUCACUCCUUACUUCACAUGUUCAAGUGUUGGAAGCCUAUGUGUGUCAGUCUUCAGGGGCACAUGAUGAUGUUUAAUGAUGAUGUUGUUGAGCCUGAGUCUGAAAGAACUUUAAUAAGCACAGCUUUAAUUAUGUAUGAUAAUUGGUGUAUUGAUCUAAAUGCAGCAAGCAUAUUUUUUGUUAUACCUAAUCAUAUAUAACUUUGUGGUUGUCUUUUUGUAACCAUUAGAACAUGUUAAGUGUAUUCAAAGAUCCCUCAUUGUGUACAUAAAGUGAUAUUUCCCAAAGCUGACUGGCAACAACAGAGCAAUGAUUACUGCAAACACAUGGAUGGUUGUUGUCUGUGGUCUUUAGAAACAGAUUUUUUAUACACAAGAUAUUGCAUUUAUUUAUUUUUUUGAAAUAUAUAAUGCUAUGUGAAAAUACGUUCAUGAAAUAAAUAAAAAUCAAAUAGCUAUUUUUAUCAACUAA